AUGUCUUCUUUCAAAGCCAGAGAUCAAUUAUUCGAAGAAAAUAUCACCUCGGAAGAAAAGCAGCAUCAGAAUUUUCUUCCGAAAGUGUACAGUUUUGUGAUUGAUUCGAUGAUAAAUAUAAUAAAUCAAAAAUAUAGCACUGAAAGCACAUGAAGAACUCAAUUGGCAACUGAAAUAUCAAUAAGUAUCAUUAUGACGAUUCAAACCAUUUCAAUUUUCUGAAAUUCCCAGAUGAGUAUGAGCAAUUGAGAUAAUUACUCCUGAUUUUGGAAUUAUUUAUGAAUUCUGUCCUUCGAUAAUUAUUGUGUCGAGUUCGGCAUUUUUUCUAGCUGCUUUACAGUCCUCUCAGUAAUUAUACAUUUUCCAAUUAAAGCUGCAAUUUUAUUCGGUAUUUUGAGACAUUCGAAAAAGAAAACUCCCUGGCUCAUAGGAUGGCUUGCAAGAAAAGUUUUGACUCUUUUAGCGACUAUUGCUUUUAUUCCAAGCCUCACCAUUUUCUUUGUGGUAUUUAAAUAUUCAACUUUUCAUGCUACAGAUGUUAAGGAGUACUAUAACUCGCACAUAAGUGAUUUCGAUUAUGGGCCUAUCGGAGCAAUAAUUAGCAUCUUUUCGAUCCUUGCCUUGAUUUUAUCUGCACUAUCAGAAGUACUGUUUACGGCUGAUAUACGCCACCAGAAUUUCAACAAAAAUUUAAAAGCCAGGUCAAACUCUGUAAUUGAUUUGCUUUUUGUGAUUUUUUGCUCUAUUGAGUGUGGCUUGUAUGUUUUGGUGGGAGAAAAUAAUUAUCCUUAUUACAUAGUAACGGUACUUUUUAUGAGCUCUAUAAUAUUAAUAAAGUUGUUCAAAUUUUUACCUUACUACAACUUAUUGGAAAAUUUAAUAGUUUGUGGCAAACUCUCAGCAAUUUCAACUAUCGCUUUCAUAUUUUUAUUUGGAUACUCCCUCGACGACGCAGGGGUUCUCACAAUUAUGGUUUUCUUUGUCCCUGCCCUUAUAAUCGCUUUUGCAAUUCACUUUAUGCGUGUGAAAUAUCUCACCCUAGCAAAAAGAACCAUUAGUUUUUCUGACCAAUUCUCCUUUGAGCAUUCAAUCAGGCAUAACUUAAUAAACAAAAAUCUUGAAAAUAAAUCAUCAAUAACUGAUGUAUUUUCGAAAUGCUAUGAUAGUAAAAGCUUUAAAAAAAAUGAGCUCUUUGUGUUCUGGGAGGUGAAUUUUUGCCUUGAUGUAAUUGAAGACGAAAGAUUGGGGAGAGUAAAACUGACCAAAAUUAGGUUUUUAAAGCCAAGCUUAGAAGGGAACAUACAAAAGGCCAGGAUGUUCAAAAGACUAGCAGAAGAGCAUUCUGCAUAUCUUCCUGAAGUGGAAUAUUUGGAAUAUCUUCUCCUUCUUAAUGAAGCUAAAGAAAAAGAUGAAGAAAUUUGUUAUAGCCUGCUAGAUUUGUGGGAUGAAAUUGUGAGGAAAAAUGCAAAUGAAGAGAAGCUUAUGAGAAUCACAAGAAAGGUGUCAGACUUGGCCCAGAACAUCAGAGAAGUAUAUGGAUCUCUGAUAACAAAAAACAAAUACUCAGAAGUUUAUGAAUUAUAUGGAUCCUUUUUGGAUAAUAUUUUAGGCGAAUCUGAAGAAGGCAGCUCAAUAUUGAAGAGAAAAAAAAGGUUUGGCGCCCUUGACUCUAUGCUUGGCUAUCGUCGAAAACUAGGAGACUAUGACGAAAAUUCAGGGAUUAUGCUGAUAUCUGCUAAUUCUGACUCAUUUGGUUCAAUUGCCUACAUCAACGAAAAAGGUGGACAGAUAUUAAAAGUUUCGCAGGCUGAAAUCAUUGGCACUAACUUAGCGAAUUUCAUUCCCAAGCCUUACUCUACUACCAACAACCAGCAGAUGAAAAAAUACUUGUCCACAUGCAACGACACGUUUGUUAAGCAUCCAUCCUUCUUGUUUCUCCUGGAUCAUGAUGGUUAUCUAUUCGAAUGCAGUAUCCUUAUUAAGUUGACAGCAUUCCAAAAUGAUGCCUAUUUUAUUACUUCAUUUUCUCCUUGCAGCUACAAACGAAGCAUUAUUCUCCUCUCUGAUUCUGGAGAAAUCCAUGCAUUUUCUCAGCUCAUCCCUCACUUCUUUGGAGUCCGCAGUGAGCAGCUGCAAAACAGAGAUAUUUCUCAAUUCAUCCCUGGGCUUCAGAUAUCAAGCAUGUUUCUGUAUGAUCCUUGAAUUAUUGAGCUAAAUGAUAAGGAGUUUGCACUUAUACACAUCACAAAGAAAAUAAGGAAAGUCAUCCUCCAUGCUCUUUUAGUGGUGAAUGACCCAAAAGAAAUUGAAAUCUGGAGCAAUGGACAGGCAGCUGAGCAAACUGACCAUUUAAAUAAAAUCUUAAAGACUGAUACAUCUUUGUCUAUAAUUGACCAGACACCAAGCGGGAACUAUGAAAGAAUCCAUAUUCAGUUUGCCAAAGAAAUAUUGAGCUCAAUCAGUCAUGACGAGAGACUUGGAAGCAUUGCAAUGUCUGGGAACGAAAAUGUAGGGCUUCUAGAGGAAGAAGAAAAAUCUGUUUCACAAAAUCAAAGCAAUGUCUCACAAUCCAUUGCUUCAACCAAUAGUAUUUCAUAGUUAGAACUCGCUUUUGCUUAUAUUCAAAAGACUGAACGGGCAAUCAAAGUAUUUCAGCUUGUUCUAUUUUUUACUGUAUUUUCUAUACAGAUUUUUUCCAUGAUUGCUACGAAUGCUGGAAUUUUAGUUUACAUUGUGGACGAUGUGUCACAUACUAAUGAACUUGAGACGUUUUCAAAUCUUGGGGAGGCUUUAUUCUAUAUCGGCGACAUAGCGGGAAUUAUUAAAUCUAUUAACCUCGAACUUACUUAUGGAGUUUAUAAUUUAACAAGUGAUCUUGAAUACUUGGAAAAAGUCACUCAAGAUCUUUUAAGCUUGCAAAACACUCUUUUGGACGAUCUUCCUAAAUGAAGAUAUUGUGAUAGCUCAGAUAUUGUAAUUAAUGAUAUUAUACCAGUUUGGGAAUUUGAUGGAAAGCCACAUCUGAGCUACCGUAACCUCUACGACACAUUUACAUUAUUUAUCGAAAAUGUAUUAUAUUAGAUUAAAUUAAUGGUUGAUAUUAUACUCAUACUUCUGCAAAGCUAAGGUGCAAAGGUAUAUAGACUUAUACUUUAUUUAGAACUUUGAUCUGUAUACCGAUCAGAACGAUCAGGAUCACCCUAGAACAUUACUAGUAUGUCUCAGCUUCAUAGUUACAGACUUGCAGUACGAAUCCCAUCCUCCAGGGUCCUCUUCGGUUGAUGCAGGUGGCACAUGCAGGCCUGCGCUACUAGAGUAGGUAGGCUGAGACUACUCUCCACCUACUCCAUCUAUGGCUUCACUAAUUCUUCUCCAGCCCCCGUCGAAGCUUGAAUCCAGGCUCCUUCUGAGGCCUAUUUCAAAAGUCCUUCUUGAGAAAAUGGAAACCCCAGAGCGACGUCUGCAGUAGCAGGAGGUGUGCAAACCCCGUAGGAGAUGUUAAAAGUUAUAGAUAAUAUAAGAUGUAAGACUCUACUCCAGCCACUUUGUCUUGACCCUCAGCAGGGCGCCUGCUACCAUGUGUUGCAGUAGGAAAAAAACCCUUUUAAAGGGGCAAAACCACCUGCAGAGGGAUAGAAGAGGCAUUAAGAGCGUCAAGGUCUUUUUGUUCUGAAAGGUAAUUUUAUUGUGCUAUGAAUAAUUUUUAUUGGGUUAAACUAAUUUGCAACAUUUAAAGAAAAAGCUCAUUUAAAUCUAUAAAAUUUAAUAAAAUUAGUUAUAAUAAUUUUUAAUUAUAUAACUAGCAGAUUUUUUAUAUUAAAAGCAUUUCCUCGCUCUUAAAGGACUAAUUUUUCAAAGUGCGUGUUUUGCUUGCUCUUAAAGCCUUAUCAGAUUGCUCUCUAAGAUAACUUCUCUACUUCCUUACCACCUUUCCUUUUAACUGAAUCAUUUCAAAUAAGAAAAAGCUUAACAGCUUCAGCAAUUUUCAUAGGUCUUCUAACAUUCUGAGCAGUAAGUCGCUUUGAGCCAGCUUUGCCUAGGUUUUGCUACCAAAAAGAUCUUAAAGUAACGAACCUAAGGAAACAGUCGCCCCAAGGUUACCCCUACCAUUUGAUCGCCCCUAUACCAAAAAUAAUACCUGGAUAUACAUAAAGUUAUCUCAGCUGUGAAGAUUAGUUUCUUGCUGCCACAUUUUUGUAUACUAUUGAAAAUGUAAUAUUUAUUUAGAAUCAAGAUAUAAUAAAGCACGCACAGACGAAAUCCUCAAUUAAUAGCGAAAUGCAAUGAUUAGUUAUCAAUAGCUUAACUUUUUCCUAUGACCAUAUAAAGUCUGCUCUAAGCGGAUUAGUAAAUUGUGAAAGUGUGAGGAUAAAGGAAAACGGAGCCGUUAUAAAUGCUUUGCUUAUAUUAGGGAUUCUAGUCUUGGGUGUUUGCUUUCUAGUUCUUCUAUACUUUAUUAUCGUUUUAAAAAUCAUUUAUGAAAAAUUUUGGGAAUUUAUUAGAAAGGCAGCGAUAUCUGCUUACUUUACCCUUAAGCAAGCGUCCUUGGACAGGCUCUCAGGAGUUCAUGGGACUGAUUUGUCUUUUGAUAACAACAGCAAUAUAAAAUCCAUGCAGAAUCAAGACUCCCACAUCAAGUCAAAAACUGUUUUAAAGUUCAGCUGAAGGCUCUUUUUUUUUGCCUCAAUAUCACUAGCAUACUAUCUGCUGAUCUAUUUAUAUUUAUAUGAAAAUUGCCAAAAAUACAUGAUAAAUCGACCAAAAUUACUUCAAAAUUUCAACUCUCGAAGGGCUUUGCUUUCCCGAAUUUCCUUUUACGCCAGAGAGAGAACGAGACCAUCACUUAAUCAGCUAUAUCCAAGCACGUAUGCAUUUCCGAAUUCCAAUAUUGGUCUUCAGACCUCGAUUAAGGAAUAUCAAGAAGAAUAUUCCAGAGUGAAAAAAGAAGGUUUGAAAGAACUGAUGAGUGAGACCUUGAAAAUACGUCUUUAUGAAGAAAUUAGUGGUUCUGAUGAUAUUUCUAGGUUUGGUGUUGGAAGUGCAGCAGAGGUUAAGUUAAAAAGGCUAGAGCUUAUGUUUAUGCCUCUCCCAAUACAAAAAGACGCUAUGGGCUAACUCCUGGGAGGUCAAUAUUUUAGAAAUAGAUCUGCUCUGGUCUUUGAUGCUAUCUCAUUAUCAGACAUAGCUUAGAAAUGUACGGCUUCUGCCUCGAUGACUGGAGCUCUAGCUAGGGAUAAACUUCAUAGCUAGCAUCGACACCGACUCUACAAUUGUCGAUUUCAGAUUUUUCUCCAAGGGUGGAAGCUUUUUCCCAAAAUCCCAUCGAGAAGAAACAAAGUCUUGAUUGCCAGGCAAAACUCAAACACAAAUGUCCAGUACUGACAUCUCUUCCUGCUCGUUUGGCUUUAGGCCGUAGCAAGAUCCCCAACUCUAAAUAUUUGCGGAAAGCUUGGAAGUGCAGCACAGAGUAUAAUUUUUGAUUCUUCCUAUUUAUCAGGUCCCACUGAGAUAUAUGCCUUUAUAAGAAACAUUAGCUCAUUACAACAGACGAUGUCAGAUGCAUUUACUCUUAUUAAUUCAAGUUCUAAAGAUGUUGUUGCAAAUCAGCUAGAUCUGAUCAUUUAUAUUACUAUUGCCUUCUCUAUUGGGCUAGCUCUUCUAUAUCUAUUAUACUACUUGCCCUUCUUAAGCUUUGAGAAAAAGAAAUUAAAGCAAGCACGAAUUUUGCCUCCUAUGAUACCUAAAUCAUUGGUUUCUGACAAAAGAUAA